AUGACUCUUCUCGCAAGCAUGAGGCGCCACAGCCUGCGCGUGCAGGACCAACUGCACCGUUGGAGCAUCUGUGGGACGGAUGGAAGUCACCUGCUCGAUGACACCCUCGCGCCACCCGGAGCACGCAUGUCCCGCUCGCGUUCGUGCUCGCGCUCCACAGAAAGCUGGUCGUCCGCUUCCACAGACUCGGCCAUCUCGACAGAGUCGCCGAGCGCGAACGGUCCGUUCACCGUUGUCUUGCUGGGAGACAGCGGCGUUGGCAAGUCCGCUCUUGCAAGCAUUUUUGCCGGGGCUGCGGACAGCAUGGACAUCGACUGCGAGCUGUACGGAGGUGAUAUCUGCGAACAGAAUGUUAUGGUGGAUGGAGAGACUGCGACUGUCUCUUUGCUGGACACUUGGGAAACACAGGACGAGGAUAGCUGCAGUCAGGAGCGAUGUUUACAGUCUGGAGAUGCUUACAUCAUAGUUUACUCCAUAACGGACAGAUCCAGUUUCCUCCGGGCGUCCGAACUCCGCAUCCGACUGCGUCGCGUACGUCAGGCCGAUCACACUCCCAUCAUCCUCGUAGGCAACAAGUGUGACCUGGUGCGAUGCAGAGAGGUGUCUGUUAGCGAGGGUCGUUCGUGCGCGGCGGUGUUCGACUGCAAAUUCAUCGAGACGUCGGCGGCGAUGCAACACAACGUUUGGCCUCUGUUCGAGGGCAUCGUCCGUCAGCUGCGUCUCCGCAGGGACAGCGCCGAGACGAUCAGCCGCCGUCGGGCGCUCUACAAACGGCGAGAGAGCAUCCCGAAAAAAGCGAGACGCUUCAUCGACAAGCUGGUCGCCAAGAACAACAAGCAGGCGGCCUUCAGACUCAAGUCCAAAUCUUGCCACGAUCUGUCCAUCCUUUAG